AUGAAAACUCUUAUACUUUGGCUGCUGGUAACGCAGCCAUUCAUGACAGCGUUAGCAAACUCUGAAUGUCAUUCAGUUUAUUCUCGCGAAUGUUGGCCGAGAAAAAUUCAGGAAAUGGUUGGAAUGAUGGCCGGAGAAGAUAUCGAAAGAUACAACUGUUCUGGAAAAACCGAAAUGCAAUGGAUGGAAACCGGAAAAACAAGCAUUGUAUGGGGAGUAUACUAUAUAGCGACUGGACUGUUUUUCCAAAUUAUUGGAUGGCCAAUUCUAAUGAUACUCAUUUUCAAAAUGGACGGACUGACAGUUCACAGAAUUCUUGCUUUUAUUGGAUUUGUCGGAAUCACAGAAAUAUGGGGAAAUUCCAUCUGGCCUGGGAUUUCUGUAAUAAUGGGUACAGUUUAUUGUUCGCAUCCCUUUGUUACAACUUUCUUCGGAAAGCUCACAAUGGUGCAAUGGGUUCUUGGGUCUACUACUGCUAUCUUUCUCGGAAUACAUCGUCUUUCCAACUUGUUCACUAAAAAUAGGACCGAAAACAAUUGGAAGACGAUUGGAUGGUUUUCACUUUUCGUAGUCUACUCUCUCUAUGGAUCCUUGUUUUACGACACUGUAUUAUUCAAUUCUCGUUAUAUGGCACCUCUUCUGAAUCCUCAGAUCGACCCACAAUCCACGGACUACACCAACUACUUUCUUCGCUUCCAUAACAUAACCGUUUCGAUUGCCUUGGUUCUUAUCUAUGGUAUUAUUGCUGCUAUUUGGAGUAGACGCGAGAUAGUGGUCUCAUCAAGCUAUGUAUCGCGUACUCAGGCAAGCAUUCUGAUACAAUCACUCAUAAUCUCAGCCACCUACGCUGUACCAGCAAUCUUCUUCGAUCUCAUGUAUUACAUAAAAGACUGUCCUGCGUCGUUUACUAUGGCUGCCGACUUGUCAUACCAAUUGAGUGGAGGUGAAAUUUUGAAGCCAUACGGAACUAUGGUUCUCUAA